AUGAGUGGUUACGAUCGUGCUUUAUCCAUCUUCAGUCCCGAUGGCCAUGUUUUUCAGGUUGAAUAUGCUUCCGAAGCCGUUAAAAGAGGAACCUGCGCUGUUGGUGUCAAGGGAAAAAAUGUAGUUGUUCUCGGUUGUGAAAGAAGAAGCACUUUAAAACUACAAGAUCCCAGAACCACCCCAAGCAAAAUCAAUAAAAUAGAUAAACAUGUCCUUCUAACUUACGCUGGUUUAAACGCCGACUCUAGAAUUCUAAUUGAUAAAGCAAGAGUCGAAGCUCAAUCUCAUAAAUUGAACUUGGAAGAUUCUGUUACAAUCGAAUAUCUAACUAAAUAUGUAGCUGGUGUUCAACAAAGAUAUACUCAAUCCGGUGGCGUGAGACCCUUUGGUAUUUCAACUCUCAUUGCUGGUUUUGAUAAUAAUGACAACGUUCCAAAGCUAUAUCAAACUGAACCCUCUGGAAUCUUUUCUGCUUGGAAGGCAAAUUCUAUCGGCAGAAGCAGCAAAACCGUACGCGAAUUCUUAGAGAAAAACCAUAAACCAGAUAUGGAUGAACAAGAAACCAUCUCCUUGGCCAUAAAGUCUCUAUUAGAAGUUGUUCAAACUGGUGCUAAAAAUAUCGAAAUAGCCGUAAUGAGACCGGGCCAUUAUGAAAGAUUAGAAAAUCAAACUGUCGCUCAAUAUGUUGAAGAAAUUGAAAAACAAAAAAAGAUUGAGUCUGAAAAGAAAAAACCAAGAUCUCGCUCUUCUGAUCAAUAA